AUGCUCCGCAAGGUGAGAAACUGGGUAGAAAUCUGCUGGGGGACUACCCUUUUGUUCCUUUUUUGCCACCUGGGUUACGUUUGUGGGCAGAUCCGAUACCCGGUCCCAGAGGAGUCACAGGAAGGGACUUUUGUAGGGAAUGUCGCCCAAGAUUUCCUGCUGGAUGCAGAGAGCUUGGCAGCUCGCAGGCUGCAGGUCGCUGGAGAGGUGAACCAAAGACACUUCCGUGUGGAUUUGGACAGCGGUGCCCUGCUCAUCAAGAAUCCAAUCGAUCGAGAGGCACUGUGUGGGCUCAGUGCCAGCUGCAUCGUGCCCCUGGAGUUUGUAACAGAAGGGCCUUUGGAAAUGUACCGAGCAGAGGUAGAAAUCGUGGAUGUGAAUGAUCACGCCCCUCGAUUUCCUCGGCAGCAGCUGGACUUGGAAAUUGGGGAGGCAGCUCCUCCAGGACAGCGUUUCCCCUUGGAAAAGGCUCAGGAUGCAGAUGUGGGGAGCAACUCCAUCAGCAGCUAUAGACUAAGCUCCAAUGAACACUUUGCACUGGAUGUCAAGAAGCGCAGCGACGGCAGCCUGGUCCCAGAGCUGCUCCUGGAGAAGCCUUUGGAUCGGGAAAAGCAAUCAGACUACCGCCUAGUGCUGACUGCUGUGGAUGGAGGGAACCCCCCGAGAUCUGGCACAGCGGAGCUCCGGGUGUCAGUGCUGGACGUGAAUGACAACGCCCCAGCCUUCCAGCAAUCCAGCUACAGGAUUAGCGUUUUGGAGAGCGCGCCAGCCGGCAUGCUGCUCAUCCAGCUCAAUGCCUCUGACCCAGACCUGGGUCCCAGUGGUAACGUCACCUUUUCUUUCAGUGGUCACACCCCUGAUCGUGUGAGAAAUCUCUUUAGCCUGCACCCCACUAAUGGAAAGCUUACUCUUCAGGGGCCCCUAGACUUUGAGAGCGAGAAUUACUAUGAAUUUGAUGUUCGGGCUCGAGAUGGGGGUUCUCCAGCCAUGGAGCAACAUUGCAGCCUUCGGGUGGAUCUCCUGGAUGUAAACGACAAUGCCCCCCACAUCACAGUGACCUCAGAGCUUGGGACUCUCGCUGAGAGCGCAGAACCUGGCACCGUGGUGGCGCUCAUCAGUGUGCAGGACCCCGACUCAGGUUCAAACGGAGAUGUGAGCCUCCGUAUUCCUGACCAUUUGCCCUUUGCCCUCAAGUCCGCCUUCAGGAACCAGUUCUCCCUGGUGACUGCUGGGCCCUUGGACCGAGAGGCCAAAUCCAGCUAUGAUAUCAUGGUCACUGCUUCUGAUGCUGGGAGCCCUCCUCUGAGCACCCACAGGACCAUUUUCCUCAAUAUUUCAGAUGUGAAUGAUAACCCACCCUCUUUCUUUCAGAGGUCACAUGAAGUAUUUGUUCCAGAGAACAAUCGCCCAGGGGACCUGCUUUGCUCCCUUGCAGCCUCUGAUCCAGACUCUGGCUUGAAUGCACUUAUCUCCUACUCUCUCCUAGAGCCCAGAAAUCGAGAUGUGUCAGCUUCCUCCUUCAUCUCUCUGAACCCCCAGACGGGAGCCGUUCAUGCUACUCGAUCCUUUGACUAUGAGCAAACACAGACACUGCAGUUUGAGGUGCAGGCCCGGGAUCGGGGCAACCCACCCCUUAGUAGCACCGUGACAGUUCGUCUAUUUGUACUGGACCUCAAUGACAAUGCGCCAGCUGUGCUCCGCCCUAGAGCCCGACCUGGUUCCUUAUGUCCACAAGCACUGCCUCCAUCAGUUGGUGCUGGACACCUAGUUACAAAGGUGACCGCUGUGGACUUGGAUUCAGGUUACAAUGCUUGGGUUUCAUAUCAGCUCCUGGAGGCCCCAGAUCCCAGCCUGUUUGCAGUCUCCCGCUAUGCUGGGGAGGUGCGGACGGCUGUUCCCAUCCCAGCUGAUCUCCCGCCACAGAAGCUGGUCAUUGUGGUAAAGGAUAGUGGCAGCCCACCACUCUCUACCUCCGUUACUCUCCUGGUGUCCUUGGAAGAAGACACUCAUCCAGUUGUCCCUGAUCUUCGAGAAUCUUCAGCUCCAAGGGAAGGAGAAUCCCGCUUGACCCUGUACUUGGCUGUAUCUCUAGUGGCAAUUUGCUUUGUCUCCUUUGGCUCAUUCGUGGCGCUAAUCUCGAAGUGCCUGCGUGGGGCUGCCUGUGGAGUGACCUGCUUUCCUGCUGGCACCUGUGCCUGUCUCACCCGAUCUCGAAGGAGAGAGGGGCUUCCUCCUUCCAAUGGGAUCCUCCGAAUCCAGCUAGGGUCAGAUGAUCCUAUCAAGUUUGUUGAUGUGGGCGGCCACUCUCAUGGCUGUACACCCUUGGCUUCUGCACCCACUCGGAGCGAUAGCUUCAUGAUGGUGAAGUCACCCAGUGCACCUAUGGCAGGGGAACCUGUUCGCCCAAGUUGCCCACCCUCUGAUCUUCUCUAUGGGCUAGAGGUGAGCUCAGACGGCACACUCAAGUACAUGGAGGUGACGCUGCGGCCCACAGACUCGCACAGCCAUUGCUACAGGACGUGCUUUUCACCAGCCUCGGAUGGCAGUGACUUCACUUUUCUAAGGCCCCUCAGCGUCCAGCAGCCCUCAGCUCUGGCACAGGAGCCUGACGCCUUCCGGUCCCGCUCUAACACACUGCGGGAGCGGAGCCAGCAAGCCCCGCCCAACACGGACUGGCGUUUCUCCCAGGCCCAGAGACCCGGCACCAGCGGAUCCCAAAAUGGCGAUGAAACCGGCACCUGGCCCAACAACCAGUUUGACACAGAGAUGCUGCAAGCCAUGAUCUUGGCCUCCGCCAGUGAAGCCGCUGAUGGGAGCUCCACCCUGGGAGGGGGUGCCGGCACCAUGGGCUUGAGUGCCCGCUACGGACCCCAGUUCACCCUGCAGCACGUGCCCGACUACCGCCAGAACGUCUACAUCCCCGGCAGCAAUGCCACUCUGACCAACGCAGCUGGCAAGCGAGAUGGCAAGGCCCCGGCAGGUGGCAACGGCAACAAGAAGAAGUCGGGCAAGAAGGAGAAGAAGUAAUGCGGAGGCCAGGCCUUGGAGCCACAGGGCAGCCUCCCUCCCCAACCAGCCCAGCCUCUCCCUAGCUGCGCCCAGGCCUCGGAUUUUCAGGGCUCACUCCCAGGAUACUGGUAGGGGCCCAGGCCAUGCUCCCCUUGGGAAACAGAAACAAGUGCCCAGUCAACACCCCCUCUCUGCCCCCAGGGGAUUGAAUAUGCAAAGGGAGUUCUGCUGGGAACCCCCAUCCAAUCAAUUGCUGUGCCCAUGGGGGUAGUGGGUUAGUGUAGACACCAUUUAUCACUCCCCCUUCAGUUACAGCUGAACUCCUCCAUCUUCCAAAUUCAAUCAGGCCCAUCCAUCCCCUGCCUCCCUCCUACCCGACCCACCCCGCCCUCCUCCUCAACAGCUCCUCUUUCUUAAGUUGUUUGGGGGUGUUGAGGUACCUGGUGACCUAAAAAGGCUCAUAGUUCUGAAGAGUUGGAAGGGCAUCAUGACCUCUUGGCCUCUCCUUCAAUUCUCAAACUUCCCCCAGAGCAUGGUUUGGUGCCAAUCCCUUCACCCCCUUCCAGGACCUGAGACCAAGCUCAAGUUUUGGGAGAUAUAGUCACCAUUCCCAUGGUACUGAUGCUUGCUGGAUUUAGGGAGGGCAUUUUGCUACCAUGCCUCUUCCCAACACCCUGGGGACCAGUCUUUUGUUUUUCAUUGUUUGAUGUUCCCACUGCAUGCUGUGACUUCCCCCUCCCCAAACAAGAGACUUCACUGCAUGUUCUAAGACAGUAUGGGGUGGUAAGAUAAAGAAGGGAAGGGCGUGUGUGUGUGUGUGUGUGUGUGUGUGUGUGUGUGUGUGUGUGUG